GCGAGUGGCUCGACGGUUUGACGUUACGCGAGUGAUUGUGCGUGUAGUGAGAAUACUGUGAAGUCGUGAGAUACAUUAGCAAUACAAUGCAUUCGUCAGUAAGAAAGAUGUGGCUCUCGUGCUUAGUAGCGUCGUCGGUGGUUGCCAUGGCAACUGCAGCGAAUGAAUACCUCCCCCCCAACAAGGGUUACAACUACCCCCCACCUGCUGUUCCCUUCCCCACUGAUAACAAACCAACAACGCAACCCAAGCCGUACAACCCGGUACCGAAGCCCCCGACGCCCCCUCGCAACCCGACCUACCUGCCACCAACCCAACCCAACCACGAUGACCAUCACGAAGACCACCACCAUCACGAACCUGGCAUGCCUUUCGACUUCUCCUACGCCGUGAAUGAAGAUGGCAACGACUACAGCCACAACGCCAUAUCCGACGGUGACGUCACCAGGGGAGAAUACAGAGUCGCUCUGCCCGAUGGACGUACGCAGAUCGUCAAGUACACUGCUGAUUGGAAGAACGGCUUUAACGCUGAGGUGUCUUACGAAGGUGAAGCGAAAUACCCCGACCAGCCUUCUGGCCCCAGCUACGGCCAGAGACCCACAACUGGGGGUUCAGGCCCCGGUCAGGCAUACGUACCGCCCAGCCAAGGAGGAGGCUAUCAAUACUAAACUGCCUAUUAUAAUACGGACUGUGUGAAUGCGUGAUAGUUCAUAAUUCUUAAGUGUCGAUUGGGAUGUACAAUAUUAUAUUUUACUAUGUUACAAACUGUUCCAACUGUAGUACAAACAUAAAGGUAGCCACAUGGAGCUUUCAGGCCCCAAACUCACGGGGCUUCGAAAUUAUUCGUUUGCACCGAAGGUUUAUACAAAAAAAAGAGCUAAAUUUUUAGAUUAAUUUUAAUAAUUGACAUUAUUAAAUUAUAAUGUAAAUUGGAAACCAUAUCAGACUUUGAAAUUUUGUUACUUUAUAAAAAGGCCCCGAAUUGUGUAAUAAUGCCUAUGGAAUGCAUAUGAGUUACCUUACUCGAAUAAUGCCAUUAUGAAGGUUAGUUGAGUAAAGUAUAAAAGAAAAUUAUGACGAUUUUUUAAAAGUGAAAUUAUUAUUUGUAAAAUUAUUUCGAGUUAAAAAUAUUUACAUAUUGACCGCUUCAAAUGAACUCCAUUUUAGACUGCUUUCAAACGAGCGUUUUCGAUAAAAACGCUAGUGUGUAAAAAGCCUUAUAAAGAUGACACUAUUCAUUUUUAGCUCAAAUAGAAAAUGGUUUUUGAAAUUAAUAUAAUUUAUGCUAAGGCCACUAUUAUGUACUGACUGAAAAUGACACAUUAAUAGUUACCGAAUUAUAGUUACCACUAUAGUUUUAGACGAAGAAUUUAAGUACCUAACUGCUGUACAGUACAACUUACAUUAUUACGUAUUAUAAUAUUAUCUUUAAAAGCUUUCUUAAAAUAAUGAUUGUAAUAAGACAGAAUAUUUCAUAACAUUUUACUUUUAUUUAUGACAGAUAUAAAAGAAUAAAAUGUUGUGUAAACCAUCCAAAAGAGACUAUUUAUUUAAAUAUGGUCAGUCAAUUUUACUUUUUUCCAGUAUUUUAGACCAGUAAAAUAAAUUGUAUUUAAAAAGUUAUAAGGAUUUAACAACAUUAUUUUAAAAUAGGUACUAACCUUAUCGUAUUUUAAUACUCAUCACUGCCCAGUUAUUUUAU